GAGUAGUGGCGCUGCUUUAGCAAAAAGAAACUAAAAGUGAGGUUAGGGAACACAUCAAAAGAAAAAAUCCAGACGCUUGAACGGAUCUUCCUCGUCCCUUUGUAGUUGAAGAAUUCAGUGAAAAAUCCAUUAGAUUUGUGAUUAAAUCAUCUGAAAAAUGGAGCAGCUGGUGCUGAAUCUGCUGGGAGGUGACAAUGAGGUGAUGAAGAAGGCCACCAAUGAUCUUCAGGAAGCCUUCAAGCGCCCGGAAACGAUUCCAGCUUUCUGUGAGCUCAUUGUCUCGUCGGCAAAUCCGCAAGUUCGUCAGUACUCAGCUGUUUUACUAAGAAGACGUCUCGAUAAGCUGAGAAAUUGGCAGGUUUUGCCUCAAGAAACGAGAGACAUGAUAAAAAAUGGGAUUCUUCAGCGUGUUUUGAUGGAGCCCGAGAGCUAUGUGCGUAAUGCGGUAAUUCGUUUUAUUGGCGUAAUUGUACGUCAUGAAUUCCCAAAGAAGGAUCAAUGGACGAAUGAUGUUCUCAAAUUCAUCUAUGACAAUUGCUCGGCCAAUGAUGCGAAUCUCAGCCAAAUUGGGGCGAAUACAUUGGAUAUUCUCACGGAGGUGGCACCAGAUCAAUUCCUGCCGCAUCUUCAGGCAAUCAGUGAGAUGUUCUCAGCUGCCCUGGCGGCAAGUGAGAGGGCAGGGACAAUGGGGAAUCCCGUGGUGUACCACAUUCUCGUGGCACUUGGGAAUCUCGUCAAUUGCUCAGAGGAUAAUUCACAGUAUAAGCACAUUUACCAAAAUCUCCUUCCGGACAUCACAAAGGCCCUCCAUGCGCUUCAAGGAGAUCCCGACAAGUUUAUAAAAGCAUUCGAAAUUCUGGAAUACAUUGGUGAUUCCAUGCCGAGUGUUGUGAAUGCACAUUUGAAGCUGUUGGUGGAUUAUUCACUUGUUGUUGCGAGUACACAGCAACUGGAUGAGAGUGUCCGGGUGCAGGGUAUCACAUUCCUUGGGCAGAUUGUGCGCCUCAAGAAGAAGGCAAUAAUAAAGAUGAAGAUGAUUGAGCCAAUAAUUGGGGUGUUGUUCAAUUUGAUGGCCUCCACACCGGCUGGGGAUGAUGAUGAGGAGGAAUAUUUUGUGGGUUCAACGGAGAUGUCAAGCCCAAUGACGUGUGCAACGCAAACAAUGGACAUUUUGGCACUCAAUGUGCCACCAGAGAAGCUAAUUCCACCCCUUUUGGCAUUGCUGGAGCCGGCGCUUGCGGGGCAGGAGCCGCUGCCGAAGAAGGCGGCUUAUUUGUGUAUUGCCGUCAUUGCGGAGGGAUGUGCUGAGACAAUUUGCACGAAGUAUCUGCCGCCGUUGUUGGCGUGUGUCAAGCAGGGUAUUGUCGAUGGGAAUCCCCUUGUGCGGAAUGCAGCUCUCUUUGCACUCGGGCAAUUUGCGGAGCAUCUUCAGCCGGAGAUUAGCAAGUAUGCCGAUGAGAUUCUUCCGAUUUUGUUUGAGUUCUUGCAUCAGUUGUGUGCUCAAUUGCGUGCCGAGGGGAAGGAACCGAAGCACAUUGAUCGAAUGUUUUAUGCUCUGGAGACAUUCUGUGAGAAUCUCGAAGAUGCCAUUGUGCCACAUCUCCCAUUGCUCAUGGAGAGAUUGUUUGAAUCCCUCAAUCCAACGUAUUCCGUGCAUCUCCGGGAACUUUCAUUGAGCGCCAUUUCUGCUGCAGCAACAGCAGCAAAAUACGAAAUGCUGCCAUAUUUCCAGCAAAUCAUUCAAAUUCUCAAGCUCUACCUCGUCAAGACGGAUGAUGAGGAUCUCCGUGCUCUAAGGCCACAAGCCAUUGACACACUCGCUGCUCUAGCACGCACAAUUGGCAAGGAGAACUUCCUGCCACUCUCUUCGGAUGCCCUCAAUUUUGGGCUUGCGCUCAUUGAGGAUUGCAAGGAGCCCGAUCUCAAGCGUGCUUGCUACAAUCUCUUUGCCUCCGUUGCUGAGGUACUCAAUCAGGAUAUUGCCUCAGUGCUCCCCACCAUUGUCACAGCAAUGCUUGAGAGUGUGAAGAGCACGGAGGGGAUUAUGCCGGACUUUGAUGAGGAGGAUGAAGAGAAUGGUGGGGAUAUCUACAAUGUGGGCACGGAAGUGGCUGAAACGGAUGAAGAUAUUGACAUUGAGACGUCCGACAAUGAGGAUGAUGACGACGAUGUGGCCAUUGCGGUGGAGAAUGCAUUUAUGGAUGAGAAGGAGGAGGCAAUUAUUGCCCUCAGGGAGAUCGCACUGCACUCUGGUGCGGCCUUUGCUCCGUACAUCCAAACAGCCUUCCAGGAGGUUUAUAAGCUCAUCAAUUACCCCCAAGAUGACAUUCGUCGUGUCGCCGUGGAGGCACUCACGCAAUUCACGGUGAGUUUCUAUGAGAUGAAGAAUGCCGAAGCCGUGCGUGAGUGCAUUGUGAUCCUCAUACCGAAAUUCAGUGAGAUUAUCCGUACGGAUGAGGAGAGGAAUGUGGUGAUGGCUGCCCUGGAGGCAUUCAAUGAGUUGCUGGAUAAGCUGAAGGGGGAUGUUUUUAGUGUUGAAGAUCAGAAGGAUGCGAUCUUCGAGUGCGUGAUGGACGUGAUGCUGGGGAAGGUGGCGUGUCAAUUUGACGAGGGGACCAACGACGAUGAGGCGGAAGAUAGUGAAUUCGAUGAGACGAUAAUUGAGACAGCUGGGGAGAUUCUUCCGCGCUUCGGCAAGGCUAUGCGUCCGGAGGAAUUUGCUCCGUACUUUGGGCGUGCCUUUACGCAUUUACUGGAGAAAUUGGAUAAGGCACGCCGGAAGGAGGAUGCUGACAUGGAGCGCGCCUACGUCGUUGGGGUCCUUGCUGAAUGUUUUGAGGGCUUGCAGAAGCACACGAAUACGUGGAUGGCGACACUGAUGCCCCUCCUAAUGGCCGGGGUGCAGGAGAAGAAUGAUCAGAUCCGGAAUAAUUCAGUCUUCGGGCUGGGGGAGCUCGUAAUGGCCGCCGGGGAGUUUGCCUAUGAUUUCUAUCCGCAAAUUCUGCAAUUGCUGUUUGGUGCUGUGACCAAGGAGCAAGAUGCAAAUACGCUGGAUAACAUCUGUGGCGCCCUGGCGCGUCUGAUCAUUGCAAAUAGCUCGUUGGUACCGUUGAAGGAUGUACUGCCGGUGUUUGUGCAGUAUUUACCGCUAAGGACGGAUUUUGAUGAGAAUUCGGCUGUCUUCAAGUGCCUUCACGUGGCCUACCAGCAGGGUCAGCAGGUGCUCGUUGAGCUAAUGGAGCGCAUUGCUUUUGUGGCACUUCAGGUUCUUCAGAAGAAGGAGUACAGCAAUGAUGAAACUCGUGAUUACAUUUACAAUUUUGUCCAGCAAAUCCGACAGGACUUCCCGGAACAAUAUGGCAAAGUUAUUACGAAUAAUCCCGAAAUAGCUGCCUUUGCGGCAAGUUUUUAAUAUGAAAAAAAAAACAUUUAGAAAAAAGUAAGAAAUAAAAAAAGAUAAAAAAAUAAGCCCAGUUAAUCAUAUUAUUUUCUUUUCAAUGUUAUUUAUAAUUUAAAUAAAAAAAAGUGAGUUGAAAAUGGUUAAAAAAAAAAGUGAGGAGAUUUAUAUAAUUAUAAAAAAUACCAAGAAUAUUAUUUUCAAUGUUUUUUUCCACACAGAAAAUGAUAGAAAAAAUAUACUUUUUAAUGAGAA